AUGACUUCCUCGGCGAGUUAUGAGACGGCCGAGCAGUCUGUGGCUGGCCUUGUCGCACAAGACGGUGUCUUUGCUGCCUCGCACGACACCCCGCCACCAACUGUAGACAAGCCGCUUCCGACCCCUCCGGCGGAUAGCGCCUCGAAUUGGCGUGCAGCGGCGCUGCCUAUGGCGAGCGACGUGGCUCUUGAAGACCUUGCACCAAAACUAAUCCCAUCCCCAAACCCUGAGCCAAGGUUGAAGACCAAAGUGCCUUGGGGAAAGAAGAACAUAUCCAUUCUCCUGCCAUUAGACGAGGAUCGCGGGAAAGAAGGCAAGGGCCCUAAACCAUUAACUGAAAAGGAUGUCAUCUCGAUGCUGCGCGACUGGGAGCAGCUCCGCUACAAUGUCAUGGGCUUCAACCUCGACGCCAACGGUGCGCCGCAUGAAGCAGUGUCCCAAGGGCAAAGCCGAGGCAUAUGGCCAGAUGCAACUGAGAUUCGUCUUGAACGGGACGCCCGUGAUUUCAGAAUCAGCAUUCCUGACAGACGACACUGGGAUGCAUAUGUGGACGAGCUGAAAGAGGCCAAGUUACGAGCUCUUGGAGUAUCACUUGGUGAUGAAGAUCCUAUCCCGACACCUUCACCCGCUCCGACGCUGAGCCGUCAAGCUUCGGCGCAGUAUGGAUUACCCUUCCAGCCUCCGCUCCCACCAUCAUCUGCUGCCAGCAGCCAUGGUACGCAGCCGUCCAAGCUCUUUUCGCCGCCAUUGCUUCCUGGCGCUGGUCCUGCAACGGGACAGAGCUCAUUUGUGGGAUCCACCGCGUCAACAUCAUCACACGGCCAUAUACUGGGGAAGUUUCACAACCCACACCAAUCGAUUUCAUUCUCUGGCGGGGAACACCCAUUCGGGUCGCCCUACGGUGGCUCACAACAGCAGUCCCCUGUCCCAUCAUCUCCUCAACAGAUGCUAUAUCAAUGCAUGCAUCGUGGUGGUUCUCCAUCUGUGCAUAAUUUUGGUGGAUUUCCUUCCUUGGGUUUGCCUUUGCCACAGGACGGGUAUUUCCCGAACGAGGCCGCCCCAAUCGUCGCUCAAGCCCAGCGACAGUUCUCCAACCAAAUGUCGUUCCAUCAAGUCCAGCAGUCCGUUUCAAGACAGUCCCCACGACUACAAGAGUUUCAGGCGGAUAGCGAGAAGAGCGCUUCGAAGACUCCCGAAGCCAGUCAGCCUGCUCAUCGCCUCAACCUGAGUGACAGUCUACAAAAGGAAAUUGAAGAUGCAGAGUAUCAUUUGGAGGAACAAUUUGAACGUCAAUUGGAUCACGAUGACUACAGUGCUCACUCGGAGCGAGCCCCUGUAUCGCCUCCACAAGAGGAGCAGCAGCAGGAGAAACCCAAACCGGCCUUAGCAGGCUUGAGUGCCUCCAAAUAUGCUGACGAAGACGGGCCGGUUUUAUACCACCCGCAACCCCAUAGCCGAGGCCAUUCCCUUUCUCAGCGUCCAUACGAUGGAGAAAGUGCCAGCCCCAUACUCGCCUCUGAGCCUGCCAAACAGGACACGUCUGAGGGCUCCACCAAUCCAAGUGCGCUAGGCACCCCCAAAUUGGCCAACAGCACCAUCCACCAAAGAUCUCAGUCCAUUGCCACCAACCCAUGGGUAGACUCUGAGCCAACCUCAGGUGCUGAAAAGGCCAGUCGCGGACACGUGUCCAAGGCUUCAACAUCUAAGCUGAACGUGGCGGCGCCAGAGUUCAAGUUCAACCCCGCAUCUGCCUCUGAGUUCAAAUUCAACCCAGCUGCGUCGUCAGAGUUCAAGUUUAAUACCGCUAGCACGUUCACGCCUAGCAAAGCCAUCUUUGCCGCCCCGCAGCCGAAAGUGUCAGCCUUUAAUACCACAUUCCAGCCGAUCAGUCCCAGUCCAGCGUCACCUCCAGUCACAUUUGGUAGUAGAAAGAUCAACGUCAAUGCUGCUCUAUUCACGCCGGGCCAAAGCGAGUUCAGCUUCUCCUCGUCGGGACCCAUGUUUAGACCUGACGCACCCGAGUUCACUCCGCUGGCUUCGUACAUGCCUGAUUCGGCUGGCAGCUCUGCUGAAACGCCUGCAAACCUUAGAUCGUCCAUCUUUGGCAACAUCAGCAUGACCCUGUCCGACAUAAUCAAGCAGCCCAAAAAGUCCAGGGCCAUCCCAAUCAUUCGGCCAGACACUUCGUCUGGCAAGAGUGGAGACGAGGACGGUCACAUCACGCAGGGAGACGGCCGAUUCAAGAGGUCGACGGCAGAUGUAGGCGAUGGUGAUCCAGUUCCACUAUUUGCGCAGCCUGCCAUGCCACUCCAAGAGACCACCCAAGAGCAGUCCCCACCAAAGGAUGCAACUCCAGUAACAGCCAAACCAAUUGACAAAGAGAACGCCUCGCCAAUGGACCAGGAGCAAAAGCCCCUUCGCAUUGUACCAGUACCGGAGCGUGCUCUGCAGAAUCAAACCCGCAGUCGAUUCGAAGACUCACCGGACUAUGAAGGCAAGGCCUGGGCUCCAUACAAAUGGCAGCAACAGGAGGAUGCCGUCGACUUCAGCAGGUCCAACCCUCACUCUAUCGGCAGCGCCCCAUUCAAGGUCUUCGACCAAAACGUCCCAGAAGAGGAGCCUGCUGCACCCGCGCCAUCGGCUGAAAGCAAUGACCACAAGAGGCAUAAAAAAAACUCGCUGUCUGCACUUGCAAAACCAUUUCAAUUCGGGACAAACUGGUUCGGAACUGAACCGACUGAGCCUGAGGCGUCAGCUCCUACCAAUCCAUUCACAUAUGUUGCCCCCGAGCCCGCAAAAGUCACUCGUGGACCCCGCAAGGGGCUUGCAAGCUCAAGAUACGCGGACCCAACCCUCUCGCCACCACCACAACGAAGUGAGGUCGCCGCAGAGGUCGAUGCCAGCGAUCCUGAAAUACCAACGUCGGAAGAAACCGCACCACAAAGCCCAGCAGCUUACGACGGCGCUUCUUACAUUGGUACCCCGCCUCGGGAGGCUUCAUUCGAGGAGAUAGAUGAUAUCAUGCGCCACAUCAACGAGGCCGACUCGUCCAUGGGUGCUGUCCGACACGUAACGGAGUCUUCGCAGCGGCCCGUCAGCUCGGAGCAAACACUGCAGAUGCCGCACAGCGAGUCGUCUCCUAUUCGCCUUCAUCCACAAAACCUGAUGCGCAGCGAUGCUCCGAGUCCUAGCCCGCGACGCUUUCAGGCUCUACCUGGAGGCCGUGGACAACGAGUCUUCUCGAGGGUUGAAGACGACCCAUUCGUGUCCCACUCGCCAAUUGCCAGGGCAUUCGAGACCUCUCCUGUUCACCACCUCAAUGGUGAUGAGAGCGUUGAGCCAAGCGACUGGGACAGCGUUUUGGAUCGCGACGACGAGUCUAAAUUCAACGCUCGAUCUCAAUUCUUUGACAGCCAUGUCAAUGAUAUCGUCGGCGGCAUACUGGCCGAAAAGCUAGGGCCCAUGCAGCAAGCGUUGCAGGUCAUUCAGCUGUCACUUGCAACCUUACGGCCACCUUCGAGCCGCGGAGCCCGCCGCAGUAUGUCUGCCGAAUUCCAGGAAAGCGAUGCCGAUGAUGAAGACGACGACGAGGGUCAUCGCCGAUCACUCAGUCCCAGGAAGGAUCGGAAGCUUGACAAGAUGCGAAGCAUGAUCGCUGAAGCAUUUGCAGAGCACCACUCGGUGCAGCGUGCUACGAGCCAGCCCGUCGAGAACGUUCAGGGACACUCUGAAGUCCUACAGGCCCUCAAGGAGCUUCAAGGCCAGUUUAGCCAACCCAAGCAUACUGAUGUCGACUUCCGCAAUAUUGUCGAAAGUUCCAUUGAGAGCCGGAUGCCGGUUGACCCAGUCGUCGACGAUGCUGCGCAAGCCAAGAUCGCCGAGCUAGCAGCAAAGGUUUCUGAAAUGACGGCCAAGAUUACAUCCGCCGACGAGAAGAUGGAGCUGGAGGUCAUGAACCGCCGCACUGCCGAGGAUCGUCUGUCUGAGGUUCAAAGGCUUCUCCGAAUCUCUUCUGGGGAAGAGGUGCGACUCCGAGAGUCGCUUGCGGAGCGCGAUAAGAAGGUCAAGACUUUGGAGGACACGAGAGCCAAGAAUGCAAUGAGGUCGAAUCUGCUCGAGGCCAGCUCACAAAACUCGCAGAAAAAUCACUCCGACCUCACCAACAGAAUCGCCGUGUUGGAGAAAGACAUUGCAGAUGCUCGCCAGCAAGGCCGUCAAUGGGAAUUUGAGACCCAAAAGGCCACUGAGAUGGCCAACACGAGCAAGGACGAUGCCGAGAAAGCGACUGCAGAGUCAACUGCCCUCAGACGUGCAGUCGAGAGCCUCAAGCUUCAAAUUCAGGAGAGCCUCCGCGUCCGGGAUAACUUCCGCAACAAGCUGGGCAACCUGCAAGAUGAUAUGGCCAGGGCAGCCCAGGAAGUGUCACAGGAGAACGCCCAACGCGCAAAGAAGGAGCAAGCUCUUAUUGCGCGACAGGAAGUCCUUGACGCCAGGCUGCAAGCUGAGGCGCGUACCAGAGAGCGCCUUGAGAAGGAGAUUGAGAGGCUUGAAGCUGGUGAACGCGAAGGCAUUCGCGCCGUUAAUGACUCAAAGAAGCUGGAUAUUCUCGUAGUUAAUCUUGAGAAUGAGCUCAAUGCAGCCGAGAAGAACGUCCUGCGCCACAAACGCGAGUUUGAAGAGGCUCGCGAGUCCGGCUUGAGCGAAGUCAAGCGAACCAGGAAUUAUAUGCAGGCCGAAAUUGAAUCGGCCAACAACCAAGUCAAUAUCGUCAGACAAGACCUCGAGGACCAACUUGCGAGAGUCAGAGCAGACUUGGACCACGUCAAGCUUGAUGCGGAUACUGCCCGAGAGAGGCAUGACAUGCUGCUAGAGGAGGCAACAGAGUCCAAGGCCAAGGAACUGAAUGAACUCAUUCGCCGCCACCAAGACCAGAUGGAGGAUAUUCAAACCCAACAUGAGCGCCAGCUCAGCAAUACCAUCGAAGACGCACAACGAUCUGAGCAGCAUCUUCUUGAGAGGCUGAGCCUGUCAUCUGCCAAGACAGAGCACCUUCAAGACCGAGUUGCUCAUGUUGAAGAGAAGCUUGAGGUUACCAAAGCGGCCGCUCUUGCUGCCGCACAAGCCGCCCGAACCGUCAAGGACUCUACCCAAACACCUGCCCUGUCAAUGAAGCUUCCCGAGAAGGUGUCCCCACAAGCUCUCCGCGAGUCCAUCAUGGUCCUCCAAGAGCAGCUCCAGAACCGCGAACAGACAAUCGAGUCGCUUGAGCACCAGCUCGCCGGUGUCGAUCUCGAUGCGCCAACCAAAAUAGCAAAGCGCGACGAUGAGAUCAUAUGGCUCCGUGAGCUUCUUGCUGUACGUGUUGGUGAUCUUCGGGAUAUCAUCAACACCAUCGGCGAGGCGGGAUUCAACCCGGAAACCGUCAGGGCAGCCGCCAUUCGCCUUCAGGCAAAUCUCCAAAUGGAGGAGCAAGAGCGCGAGCGGGCGAUCAGCGGCGGCUCGGCCAUCAACUUGCCAAACAUAACUGCCAGCAUCCGCGAGGCAGCAUCGCCUCGCGUUGCGCAGGUCGUCGGACCGAUGGCAGCUGCGUGGGGUAGCUGGCGCAAGACUCGCGAAGGUCUCCAGCCAGCCAGAGCUAGCCCAGCAGCAACAGUAGCGUCGGGUGCUCAGAGCUUUCUCUCCGGCUUGAUGACCCCGCCAGCCACAACAGUACGCCAAACUGCGCCCCCACCACAGGCCCAGCCUAGUGCGUUCCAGAACACAGGCCGCAGGCUCGCUGCUACUCAAAUGGCAAGAGAACGGGCAAGUCCGAGGAAGGAGCUUGCCAAGGGAAAGGCGCGUGCCGCCAGCGCCGAUGGGCCGCCAGCGACUCCCCCGAUGAUGCACAAAAGCAACUACGACGCUGAUGCACGGGCAGAGGAUUACAGUGACGCCGGAUUUUAUGAUGAUGAUGAGAGUACCGUCGAUGAGACAAUGUUUGGAGCGAAUCUAGGGAGGUGA